UAGAGAGCAGAUGAAAAUAAGAUGAAUCUGUCAGGCUUCUUUUCUUUCGUUUUUACAUUGCUGAUACUUCAUUUCGAAGUCGGUAAAGCCUUCAAUUGCAGAGGCCCUCUCAAAACCAUAACAGUUAGGCAAUCAGGCAAAGCACAGUUCAAAACCAUUCAAAGCGCAAUCGACUCUGUCUCUAACAAAACGCAAAACACUCGAUGGAUUCGUAUCAAGAUUUUUCCUGGAGUUUACAGACAACAGGUCAUAAUCUCCGGACUUCAAAGCUGCAUAUAUCUAGAAGGAGCUGGCAGCAAGUCAACUUUUGUGGAGUGGAAUGGCCACGAUACACCGUUUACUACUCCUACCUUGAUUUCAAGAGCAGAUAAUAUUGUCGCAAAGGGCAUUACUUUCAUGAAUUCACAUAACCACCCGCUUGAUGGCGGUGAAGCGAGACUGGCACCAGCUGAAGCAGCAAGAAUAGAGGGCGACAAAUGCGCUUUCUUUGAAUGCGCUUUUCUGGGAGUGCAAGACACCCUCAGUGACCAUGCUGGUCGCCAUUACUUUCACAAGUGCUUCAUCCAAGGCGCUAUUGAUUUCAUAUAUGGGAAUGGCCAAUCUAUCUACGAGGAAUGCACACUCUUCUUUUCAGUGGGGGCAGAUCUUCCCAAAGGAAGGGGUGGUGUUUUCACUGCACACAGAAGGGAAUCAGAAGAAGAUCCAAGUGCGUUUGUCUUCAAAAAUUGUAACAUAACUGGGAAUGGCAAGGCGAAGGCUAACCUUGGGAGAGGUUAUAGGUCACACUCUCGAGUCAUCAUUGCCAAUUCGUAUCUCGGCGACGUCGUUUCGCCUGCAGGUUGGGAUCCUUGGAGGGGUAAAAAUAAUGUACAAGACCUGACGUUUGUGGAGGAGGGAUGUUGGGGACCCGGCUCGAACAAGUCAAAACGAGUGCCUUGGAUGAAACGUUUGAGUGGAAGCGCUCUUCGCCGAUUCGUGGAUAAAACUUUCAUUGACCAACAAGGAUGGAUUGCUAGGCUUCCAGUAAAGAGCUCCUCAUAACUUCAUUUUUAGGCAAAAAGUCCAAUGUUGACUUUUAUUUUCUAGAGUGUGUACUUGCUAAUAUAUAAAUAAAUUAAAAACUCUCCGUAAGUGUUUUUCGACAAUCAAUAAAAGUAAAGAAAAUAGUUAAGGGUUUUAUUAUAGAGCAAUGAAAAAUUGCACGUUGACGAGGUCUUUGCUCUGUCUACAUCUAAUCGACUUAAAUUGAUGAAGUCAUGGCAUCGAAAUGUUGUACGUUAGCUUUAGUCCCAUGGUAAAAUCCCCGGUGAUAGUGUC